GUACAAUUUCCCGAUGUAGGGUCAUGGGAUAUCAACGUAACUGCCAUGGACUUGAACAGCUUCGGAUCCUGCCUACCUUCUCUACUGCCAUGGUCGUAGAAUGGUGCACUCAAUUCUUGGACCCGCGAGCUUCCAAAAACCUCAAUGUCUCGCGAGCACUUAUCAUUCUAAAUCAACCUUUUAGUGUCAAAUUGUUAAAGACCCUCUGGGCCGCGUCCGAAUGGCGUUCUUGCGCCGACGGGGGCGCUAAUCGUUUAUAUGAUGUCUUGGGUGCAAGCGGUGAUGCAAACCUUCGAAGUUUGUUCCUCCCUGAUAUGGUGAAGGGUGAUCUCGACUCUUUGCGAGAUGAUGUUAAAUCGUACUACACUUCACUGGAUGUACCAGUAAUCUACGAUUCCGACCAAAAUUCUACGGAUCUCAUGAAAUGUGUGCAAGCACUAGAAGAGAAAGAACGUUUAACUGGGCAGGAGUUCGAGAUUGUGAUUCUGGGAGGUCUCUCCGGAAGGUUGGAUCAGACUGUACAUACACUAUCAUACCUCCAUAAACUUCGCAAGACCCGCAAACGCGUCUUCACAGUCACCGACGAUAAUGUAGGAUGGGUCCUUAAUGAAGGUGAACAUCUCAUCCACAUCAACCAUGACGUGUUAGGACAAACGUGUGGACUCCUCCCUGUCGGCAUCGACUCAACCAUCCUGACGACGACUGGACUGCGGUGGAACUUGGACAACACGGAGUCAUCAUUUGAUGGACUUAUGUCCACGUCAAAUCAUCUCGUGCCAGGACAAGACGUCGCGAUCAAGACCUCGAAGCCAAUCUGGUGGUGUGUAGAGUUAAGGGACCACUAAGAAUAUAUGCUACUCCUACAUUAUUUGCAUAAUUAGACUCGUAUCUUAGAUAUGCUAGAGUAUGCUAUGCUAUACUGUAGUUCCUUAUAGUACUCGCUUAGAAUAUUGUGGGGAUUUGAUAGGGCCCUGGUCGAUACUCGAGAAGGCGGCCGUGAUUCAGCA